AUGCAGCAAGCACCUCGAGGCGAGCUUCGUCGAGUAACAUCCAGCUUCAAUAUGCAGCAUGAUGGAGGCAGCACAUCUCAAGCUAUGAAUCUGGAGAGAGCUGCGCACAUGGAAACUGACUCGUCACGCGCGAUGACUGGUACUGUGCACUAUGCGCGUGUGGAUGAUCCGGACGUCGAGCUGCCUCCCUUUCCAUCCAUGAUUUACCCCAUGACAGGAAUGUGUUCCAAUGGGCAGCCGCUGAACGACGCAGCGUUGACGCGUUACACGGUGGCAGAGUUCAUGACCGUGGAGAUGCGCCCAGGAUUUUGUGUGGAGAGAGUCAUCACAGGGUUCGAGUCAUCAACCAUCCAGAUUGAUGGAGUUGGCGAGGAUAUACCCUUGAAGUACCUCUCGCAGGCACUUGGCGUGUACGGCGCCCUUGUUGGCGUUCAUCGCAAGUCCGUGCGCACUGUCCUCGCCCGCUACGUGCAUUCAAAGGACGCCACAGCUGCAAGUGCAGCUUGGGACGGAAAGAGUGUCUUUGGUGGCAAGGUACACGCCAAGAGCGUAGCACCAAGGGACAUAUCCAGGCUGACGCUGAACGACGCAACUGUGCGCAUCGUCUUCGACCUUCCAACGAAAGUGAUAUACGGAGGAUAUCAGACCUUGGCGCAGGCGGAGGUGGGCAUAUCUCGCGCCAGGCAGGGUAUUCGCCACCACGUGCCGUCCGCCGAACACCACAAAAGUGUGCCUGCGGUCAGCAACUUCACCGUCAAGUUCGUUGGCCUGCCCGCAGACGUCAAGCAGAGCGAAGUCAGCACGCUCGGGUCACCUGUGGACCAAAUGUUUGAGCGGCCAAAUUACUUCAGCUCGCCUGCAAAGGUUGGCGCUUCGCUCGAGCGACACUUUCGGCGUAAUCGCGGGCUGGUCAGGUUCGCGUUGCAGUCUCCGCCUUACUACGGUGGCGUGGCUAAGGCCUGGGCGAUGUAUUCGUCCGCUACCGAAGCUAAAGCGGUCUGUGCUGCGUUCGACGGUACCAGCCCGGGGUGCACUGGCGGCACACGUAUUCAGGUUCAGCAGAUAUGCAGCGUUUUAUACGACAUCGACAUGAUUCUGUACAGCAAGAACACCUACGCUAUCCACAGCCUGGCGGUCAUGGCGCAACAGGGCGGAAUGGACAUGACUUUCGCCCAGCAGAACGGGGGGCGCACGUUGCAGGUCCGAAUGGAGGCAGAUAACCUUCAGGCCGUCAAUUAUCUGCGGAUGGAGCUGGAGCACAUUGUGCGUGGUGAGGUUCUUCGUGACCACGGCAAAGUGAUCUGGCACCCCUUCUUCAUCCACCCAGAAGGGCGCGCGUUUGUGCGGCGGAUAGAAGGUCGGCUUCCGCACGUCAGCAUCAUGGCGGACGGGGAUCGACAGCAAAUCAGGGUGUCUGCUACCCGGAAAGAUAGAGCGGAGGUCUUUCGUGAACUGAGGGCACAAGUUGGGCGGCUCACGAAACAACAAUCUUCGGCCAUUCCUCUAUCGGGCGAUGCAGUCGGUCUCUACCUGGACCCCGAUAUCGCCGCCUUGCGCGCGCGCUUUGGCAAUGGUUGCAUGAUGUUGGACACGACGCAGGAUACCCUCAUCAUCUACGGGAGUGAUGUGAUGAACAGCGAGGCAGCGACAGCCGUCCAUCGUGCGAAACAACGGCGCUGCGAGGCUUUGUCGGAUCCUCGCAGCUGUCCCGUGUGCUUCGCAGAGGCAGACACCCCCAUUACCUUGGGCUGCGGACACAGUUGGUGCAGCGAGUGCAUCCGCGGAUUCCUCGUGUCUUGCGGGGAGAACCGAAUCUUCCCAAUAGGCUGUUUGGGUUCCAGUGGUCGUUGCAGGGAAAGCAUCACACACCAGACUGCGUCUGCUGUUCUAUCCGAAGUGGAGCUGGACCGUCUCGUCCAAGCGGCGUUCACCGCGUACGUCAACGCACGGCCGGAUGAAUUCCACUACUGUCCAACUCCGGAUUGCAAGCAGGUGUACCGAAGCGUAGGCAGGGGUCGUGUCCUUCAGUGUCCGGCGUGUCUGCUCCGCAUCUGCUCACUCUGCCAAUCCGAGUUUCAUGGCACUCUGCGUUGUAAUGCAGAUGAUGGUGCGGCUGAGCUGGAGGAGUGGAUGAAGGCGAAUGGAGUGCAGCGCUGUCCAGGUUGCAAAGCGCCCAUCGAGCGCAGUGGAGGAUGUCACCACGUCACAUGCACGCAGUGCCAGACCCAUAUAUGCUGGCAAUGUAUGGAGACGUUUCCGGGUGGGGAUGGGAUUUAUGGGCACAUGCGUACUGAGCAUGGAACUUGGGGGAUGAACGACGAAUGA